AUGAGCGACGAGGUUUACGACGGUGCCGUCGGUAUCGAUCUUGGUACCACCUACUCUUGCGUUGCCAACUACGACGGUAACAAUGUCGAGAUCAUCGCCAACGAGCAGGGUUCCUUCACCACCCCUUCUUUCGUCUCUUUCACUGCUGAGGAGCGUCUGAUCGGUGAGGCCGCCAAGAACCAGGCCGCCAUGAACCCCGAGAACACCGUCUUCGAUGUCAAGCGUUUGAUCGGUCGUAGAUUCGAUGACCCCACCGUCAAGAAGGACAUUGAGUCGUGGCCCUUCAAGAUUACCGACAACAACGGUUCCCCCAUGGUCCAGGAGAUCUCCUCCAUGGUCCUCCUCAAGAUGAAGGAGGUCGCUGAGACCAAGCUCGGCAAGAAGGUCGCUAAGGCCGUCGUUACCGUCCCCGCCUACUUCAACGACAACCAGCGUCAAGCCACCAAGGACGCCGGUGCCAUUGCUGGCCUCAACGUUCUCCGUAUCAUCAACGAGCCUACCGCUGCCGCCAUUGCCUACGGUCUCGGUUCCGGCAAGUCUGACAAGGAGCGCAACGUCCUCAUCUACGAUCUCGGUGGUGGUACUUUCGAUGUUUCCCUCCUCCACAUCCAGGGUGGUGUCUUCACUGUCAAGGCCACCGCUGGUGACACCCACUUGGGUGGCCAGGACUUCGACACCAACCUCCUCGAGCACUUCAAGAAAGAAUUCACCCGCAAGACCAAGAAGGACCUUUCCGGUGAUGCUCGUGCCCUCCGUCGUCUGAGAACUGCUUGCGAGCGUGCCAAGCGUACUCUUUCCAACGGUACCCAGGCCACCGUCGAGAUCGACUCCCUCUUCGACGGCGAGGACUUCAACGCCAACAUCACCCGUGCCCGUUUCGAGGACAUCAACGCCAAGGCCUUCAACGGCACCAUCCAGCCUGUUGAGCAGGUCCUUAAGGAUGCCUCCAUUGACAAGUCCAAGGUUGACGAGAUCGUCCUUGUUGGUGGUUCCACCCGUAUCCCCCGCAUCCAGAAGCUCCUUUCCGACUUCUUCAACGGCAAGAAGCUCGAGAAGAGCAUCAACCCCGAUGAGGCUGUCGCCUACGGUGCCGCCGUCCAGGCCGGUAUCCUCUCCGGAAAGGCCACCUCCGCUGACACAGCUGACCUCCUCCUUCUCGAUGUCUGCCCUCUCUCCCUUGGUGUUGCCAUGGAGGGUAACAUCUUCGCUCCCGUCGUUCCCCGCGGUACCACCGUCCCUACUAUCAAGAAGCGUACCUUCACCACCGUCGCUGACGGCCAGACAACUGCAAGUCUCCCUGAAUCACUCCCAUACUCCCUGCCCCAAUUUCCACCCCCUAUCGCAAUGCACAGUGUACAAUUCCCCGUGUACCAGGGUGAAAGAUCAGAGUGCGCCCACAACACUUCUUUGGGUGAAUUCACUCUUGCUCCCAUCCCCCACAUGCGUGCCGGUGAGGCCGUUCUCGAGUGUGUCUUCGAGGUCGAUGUCAACGGUAUCCUGAAGGUCACCGCCACUGAGAAGACCUCCGGCCGCAGCGCCAACAUCACCAUCUCCAACUCUGUUGGUAAGCUCAGCUCCGCUGAGAUCGACAAGAUGGUUGAGGAUGCCGCCAAGUUCAAGUCCUCCGACGAGGCCUUCACCAAGAGAUUCGAGUCCCGCCAGCAGCUCGAGUCUUACAUCUCCCGUGUUGAGGAGAUCGUCUCCGACCCAACUCUCUCCCUCAAGCUCAAGCGCAACCAGAAGGAGAAGAUCGAGUCUGCUCUCAGCGACGCCAUGGCCCAGCUCGAGAUCGAGGACUCCUCUGCCGACGACCUCAAGAAGAAGGAGUUGGCCCUCAAGCGUGUCGUUACCAAGGCCAUGUCCACCAGGUAA